AUGGAAGAAGUAAACCAGACAGUGGUGUCUGAAUUUAUUCUUCUUGGGCUGUGUGAUACAUGGGAGCUACAGGCCUUUCUCCUACUGGUAUUUCCUUUACUUUAUUUAAUCACCAUUUUAGGCAACAACUUCACUGUGCUCCUAAUUAUUUCUGACCUCCAUCUCCACUCCCCUAUGUACUUCCUGUUAGCCAAUCUUUCCUUCAUUGACUUCUGCCUUUCCACAGUAAUCACCCCUAAAAUGAUCACAGACUUUCUCAAAGAACACAAGACCAUCUCUUUUGGGGGUUGCAUGUGUCAGAUUUUUUUUGGACAUUUCCUUGGAGGGUCUGAGAUGGUGCUGCUUGUGCUAAUGGCCUACGACCGUUAUGUGGCCAUCUGCAAGCCACUCCACUACUCUAGCAUCAUGAACAAACAAAUGUGUAUUUGGCUAGUGAUGACAUCAUGGAUCACUGGCUUUGUGCAUUCAAUAAGCCAACUAGCUAUAAUUAUAAAACUGCCCUUCUGUGGACCCAGAGAAUUGGAUAGCUUUUUCUGUGAUAUUCCAUUGGUGAUCAAGCUAGCCUGCAUGGACACUUAUAUUCUAGAAAAGUUGAUAAAUGCUGAUAGUGGGGUACUGGCAACCACCUGCUUCACUCUCUUACUGAUCUCUUACACUUAUAUCCUGCUUACUGUCUGCCAUCAGUCUAAGGAUGGGGCAUCCAAGGCUCUCUCCACUUGCACUGCCCACAUCACAGUGGUGGUGCUCUUCUUUGGGCCCUGCAUCUUCAUCUAUCUGUGUCCACUGGGCAUCACCUGGGUGGACAAGUUUCUUGCUGUCUUUUAUGCAGUCAUCACACCUCUCCUAAACCCUGCCAUUUACACUUUAAGAAACAAAGAGAUUAAAAUUGCCAUUAAGAGACUAUGA